AUGAUUGUGGCGACAUACACUUCGGCGACACGUCGUGUUGCUCCUGCCCCGGCUCAGCCGCUGCCGAUGGCUCACCAGGUUUAUCCUGGUACUCGGCCUUCGGUGCUACCGUCUGCUAGUAUGCCAACUUGGGUUCAGCCCUUCUUGGACAUGACGUUCACCACGCCCGGAGCGAAGCUAUGCUGGGAGCGAAUCCUCGGCCUCGUCCUCCCUGAACCAACAGUCGGUGACGUCGUGGUUCGCGUCACUCUCGAGGGUUUGAAGGCGUUCUUGGAUUAUGAAGAACCGGAUCACCCGUUCCAAGUCCUGCGCCGACUCCUCCCCACUCAGCCGUGCUACUCCGACAUAGACGGGUUUGAUCCUCUCGCUCAAGUGUCCAAGCGUGCUCCAAUUGAGACCUCGGGUUCGCCCUCUGGGAGCGUCAUCACUGGAUUCUCGCAGCAGCCGUCGAACGAGGCUUCGACGAAGAAGAGAGAGACUCCAAUCAUGACCGAGCGCUCUUGA